UGCGCACUGUGUACUGUAUAACGCGGUUAACUCUUCAGCCCGAUUACACACUGUGUAUUGAAAUGGCGGUUAAAAAGAAAACGAAAAAGGUUGAACCUGAAAAUGCAGGAAACUCGAGUAAGUUGGCAAACAUGUCCCUGGACGAUUUUGUGGAUAACUGGGACGAAUCGGAUUCUGGAUCAGACUCCGCUUCUCAACCCGUUCCUCAGACUAAUGGGAAGAAGGAGAAGAAGUUGAUAAAGAAGAAGAAAAUAGAAAAGGGGAAGAAAAAGAAGGAGAAAGUUAAAAGCAAGGAGAAAGAUGAGGAUGAUAAUGAAUCUGAAUCUGAAUCUGAUGAUGAUACAACUGGAGCCAAGACACAGAAGAAAUAUAUAAAAACUUUGAAGCAGAAAGAUCCAGAAUUCUUUGAAUUCCUGAAGGAGGAGGAUCAGGAAUUGUUGAACUUCAAUGAAUCUUCUGAUGACGAGGCCGAGCCCGAAAGUGGCGACGAGGAAGCUGUUCACUCACUUCCGGACAAACUUGAAGUUCCCAGCGAUGAAAGUGAUUUCGAAGAUGAUGAGAGCGAAGUUAAAUCUGCAAAAUCAGGGAAAGUAACCCAGACAAUGAUAUCUGAGUGGACGGAAGAACUGGAAAACCAACCAACACAGAAAACUAUUGUAAAUGUUAUUGAAGCAUUUAGAGCUGCAGUCUCUACCGUAGGCUCAGGAGAGGAUGAUAAUGAGCCCCGGAAGUUUAGAGUUGAAGGCGGAACUGUUUUCAACUCAGUUGUCCGGAUGUGUGUUCUCAACUUGCAACCUGGACUUAAAAAAUUCCUCAAACAGGGCGGAGAGCAGGAUUCUGGGUUUAAACCUGAGAAAACUAAGAAGUGGAAGAAGAUUGAGAAAUGUAUCCGAGGAUAUUUGACCCAACUAUGCAGUUUGUUGACCAGGAUAUCAGAGCCUAGUGUUGCUGCAGCAAUCAUUAAACACGUUCAUCAGAUGAUCCCUUUCUUCCAGGCCUAUCCUAAAGGAGAGAAACAGUUGUUGGUAAAAAUGAUUUGGUGUUGGGGCCAAGCUGAAGAUACAGUCAGAAUACUGGCAUUGAUGUGUAUUGUGAGAAUAGUUCGAGGAUCAGCUCUACUCGAGACAGCUAUAAAACAGAUGUACAUGGUUUACGUGAAAAAUUGCAAAUUUACCUCCCCCUCCACCCUUCCACAGAUUAACUUCAUGAGGAGGUCUCUCGUAGAAGUUUUAGGACUUGAUCACAAUCUUGCAUACUACCAGGCUUUUGUUCAUAUCAGGCAGUUGGCAAUUCAUCUUAGAAAUGCUAUUGUUAACAACAAGAAAGAAUCAAUACAGGCUGUUUAUAACUGGCAGUUCAUUCAUUCACUUGAAUUAUGGGGUUCCCUACUCUGCCAUACUGCGGGUUCCGAGAUUCUUCAACCUUUGAUUUAUCCAGUUGUUCAGGUGACCCUUGGAGUUGUAAGACUGGUUUCAACUGGUAAAUAUUUCCCUCUGCGGUUCCACUGUGCUACUAUUCUAGGGAAUAUAUCCUCCUCUACCGGAACCUUUAUCCCUGUUCUCCCCCUUUACCUGGAUAUCCUCAACACACACAACUUCGAGAAGAAGUCCAAGAAGGUUUCCAUGAAACCGAUGGAUUUCUCGGUUAUUCUUAAACUUUCAAAAUCUCAGCUCUCUGAGAACGGGUUCAAGGACGCGACCAUUGAGGAGAUUUACUCCGGGUUGUUAGGUUACUUGGCGGUGAACAGCUGUAGGAUAGGGUUCCCGGAGCUGGUUACUCCGCUCAUCUUUCAGCUCAAGGAUUUCCUGAAGAAGAGCAAAGUUGGAAACUAUUGUAAGAAGAUGAAACAGAUUCUAGACAAGGUGAUCGCUAAUCAAAAAUUUAUUGAAACCAGACGAAAAACCGUCAAUUUUGGUGUUGGAGACAAGCAAGCGAUCAAGAUCUGGGAGGCUCAGGUAGAACGGGACGGAACUCCGCUCCUUGCCUUCUACAAGUCCUGGAAGAAGGUUGCGGACGCUCAGAAGAUGAAACAGAUCACAGAUCAGAAGAAUCUUGACGACUACUCUCAUAUCCCUGUUCUGAAGAAGAACCACAAGAAGAUCAGGAUGAAGAUGGAGUCUGCAAGUGAAGCAGACGGAUUCCUCUCUGGCAGUGAUGAUGAUAUUGAUGAUGAAGAGAGAUUUGAACUCAAGGAAGAUAGAGGAAAGAAGGAUGUAGAGGCUGGGAAGAGAAAGCGUGAUAUGGAAGAAUCCGAUGGCAGUGAUGAAGAUGAGGAAGGGGAGGAGGCUGAAGAUGAAGCGGAGGCUGGAGAUGAUGUGGAGGAGAGCGAGGAUGAAGGGGAUAGCGGUGAAGACGAGGUUGAAGAUCUAAGAUUAGAAGAUAUGGAUUCUGAUUCAGAACUUGAACUCAAGGAUGACUUUGAGGAUGAGGGUGGGUCUAGUGAGAGUGAUGAUGAUGAUGAAGAUGAUGAUUCAGAAUAAAUUUUUUUCAGA